AUGGAGGAUAACGAAGCUUAUAGACAAAUAACGCUUGCUAGAAUAUUAGUGAAUCUUGGUCAUUCCUAUCUGCAUACUGUUGAUAUAGAAAAUUCAGAUGAUGAAAGUGGAGAAAGUGAAUCUGGGGAUACCGGAGGUGAAGAAACUGAAGGUGAGGAAAAAGAAGUGCAAACAAAAUUUAAAGCAAGUAAACAACAAAACAUAGAGGAAGAGGAAGACCAAUUUGAUAAACAACUUAAUGAUAAAGUAAUUAAACAGCGGGAAUUGGAGAAAAAAACAAAUCUAGAAGAUAUACCACAACAGUUCUAUAGAGAUAUACAACAAAAAUCUUACAAUAAUUUACCUGUUGAAGCUGACACGGAAAAACAUGAGCUUGAAAAAGAAGUUGCAAAUAAAUCUAAUGAUAAAAAACAUAAGUUAAAUACUGACUUACCAAAAGAAUUCAAUAACACAAUACAACAAAGGUUAGAAUAUGGAGUAGAAUUAAUUGGUGAAGUACAAGAUGAGUUUAGUAAAAAACAGGAAAAGGUCCACCCAGAUGACCAACCAAAAAUUGAUAUAAAUAAGGAACAUGAAUGUAACGAACAACUAAUUAAAGAUUCUGAAAAUGAAAUACAAAUUCAGUUAUUGGUUGAAGCCCCACCAAUGCCUGGUGUAGAUGUGGAAUUAUACUUAGAAGUGCAAGUUGAUUCAGGGUGUCAACUUAAUAUAAAAAAGGAAAAAGUGCUUGGAGAAAAACAAAAAAAUGUUGAUAAAGAACAUCAAGAAACAGUUGACAAAAAUAUAGAGCACACGGAUCAUAAAGAUAGACAAGCAGUAAAUAAAAAUGUACAGAUUAAAUUUAAUGAAGUAAACAUAUCACAAGACAUUGCAGAAGAUAUUCAAGAUAAAAUAAACAAAGGAUCAAAGCAAAAUUUGGAAGAAGAGAAGAUACAACCAGAAUUAAAUGAAAAUUUGCAAGAACAAUAUGAUAAUGAAGUACAACAUGAUGUUAAAGAACUACAGCAAGACGAUUAUGAAGAAACUAUGAAUACAAAUCAUAAAAGAAUACUACAAGAAAUUGAAUCACUUAUGUGUGAUUUUAAGAAUAGAAAAAAUGAAGAAGAAGAAUGUGACGAAUUAACAGCAAUUAGAAUUGCAAAAUUAACAAAGGAAAUUGAAGAAUUAGAGAUAGACAUGGAACAAAAGCGUGAUGAAGAAUUAGAAAGAGAAUAUAAUGAUGAGUUUAAACGUAUGUUUUCAUCAGUAGUCAAAGAAAAAUUCUUAGAAAAACUACUUCUCUCAUUUAAUGAAGAUGUGGCACCAUAUUAUAAAAGAAUUGAAAAUUUGCUUAGCAAUUAUUUUCCAACUAAAUUAGAUACAAUUAAUGAUAAAAUAUUGAUCGAUCCUGUUCAUUCUAAACCUCACGAAGAUCUUAAAGAAAGGUCUGAUAUCAGCGAUGGUGCAUUUGAAGAAAUACAUGAAGAACCCGAUAAAAUAAGUGAAGAUGUAGAAAAAGGGUCUAAUGAUGAAAUCUACUAUUUUGAAGAAGUACCAGAAGAAUCUAAUAUGGAAAUGGGAGAAUUGGAGGAUGAAGUAGUACAAGCCGUGUCUGACAUAGAAAAUGAAGAUGAAACUCAAGAAGAGUCUGAUGUAGAUGUUGAAGGGUUAUCAAAUCCUGACGAUAAAGUAACUGGAGGCCUAGAUUGGAACUAUCAAAUAGAUUCUGAAAUAAAUGCAAACGAAUCUAACGGACAGUCAUUACAAGAAAGCGAUGAAGAAAUAGAAGAAUUAAACGAUGAUGUAAAUAUUGUAACCGAAAUAGUUUAUGAUUAUGAAGUUGAAGAAGAAGCAGAAUCUAGUUCAAUAGAAGAACUUAGUCCAAUUGAAGAAUCUCCUUCUACAGAUGAUGAAUUUAAUUCUACAGAAAUAGAACAGCGUAAUGAAGAAAUACAACAGAAGAUUGGUAAAGAAGGACAAUGUAUUAUUAGUAGUAGUAGUAUACAUGAAUUACAAGGAUAUGUACAAGAAAAAAGUGAUAAUGAUGAACCUCAGAAUUUUGAAGAUUUGCAACUACAAAUGGAAAUAGAAAAUAUACAAGAUUUAGAUGAAAUACCAUUAAAACUGAAAAUUCAACAAGAAGAAUUCGAAGAAAAAUUACAUCAACAAAUGAAAACAUUUCAAGAAGAGUUUUAUAAAAAUUCAAAACUAGAGUAUGAAAAAGAACAACAGUUAAAAGGUAAUACAUUAAUUGACCCUAUUUAUGAUAGAGAGCAAAAAUUGUUUUAUAAAAUAAAAGGCAAUUUUCUGAAAACAACAGACAAAUAUAAAGAUUUAGCACAACGAAAAAUGAUAGAAGCAUUACAACAAAAAGUUGAUGAAAAACAGUUGCUAGAAAUGAAAGAAUUUCCAGAAGAAUUUGUUGAACCAAAUAUAGAAAUAGAAGAUCUACAUAAGGAAGUUCUGCAAUUACAACGUGAAUGUGAUGAAUUAGAGCCAGAAUUUAGCUAUAAUAUACCAUUAGUUGUUGAUGAAAAACCAAGCAAUAAUAGGACUAAAAAAGUCAAGUAUAAUUUGUAUAAUAAACUACAUGAAAUACACAAAAAAAAAUUGUGUUUUUUUGCUGAUUCUAAAGAGUGGCCCGAAAAAUAUUUAUACCCAUCAUGUUUGCUGGAUGAAUUAUUUGAUGAUCCUUCAGAGGUUAAUCCUAAUGUGUUUGUGAUCACAUUGUUCUCUGUUGAUAUUGGUUAUUCAAUUAAAAUAACCAUGAAUAAGAAUAAACCACCAGUUGAAACAUUUUAUAGCUAUGCCGAUGAUUCAAUUUUAGAUUUUGUGGAAAGAGAACAACUUCCACCAUGUCUAUUGGAUUUGUUUGAUGAAGCUAGACCAAGGUUAUUUUAUAAUGGACGUGUUAUAGCAGAAAUUCAUAAUAAAUAUCAUGGUGAAGACUCAACGAGAAUAUAUCGAAUUUUAUUGCAUCCUCAUAAUUUGUCCAUUCAGAGUGAUGUGGAUCGAAUAAUUGCUAAAUGUAGUCCUGCUUACUGUUCAUAUGAACAAAGACUAAAGAUUGAGAGUCAAUUGCUAUUACGAAAUUUUCCCGUCAUGUGCAUCGAUUCAUCGCCUAUUGCUGGUUUAACUGUUCAGUUACAACAUCAACUAUUAAGUCGUCGAACCAUAACACUAAACCCACUAAAAGUAAAAAAUAAUGAUUCUUCCAAUUUUGAAAUGUAUGUGUCCAAAAAAUUAGAAGAUGACAGAUUGAAUGAAUCACAAAAUGAAUCUACAAAAUUGAUGAAAGAUACUGCAAGUGAGAAUACGAUUCAUCAUCUUUUAUGGAAGUUUGAAUUCCGUAUCGAUACAUUUAAAAUUAUAAAAUUAUACGUGUUUGUCAUAACUGAAACUCUAGAGUAUUCUAUGUUAUUGUGUAUGAAUUCAAUUGUCCCACGUUCUAAGAAAAUGCGGUUUAAAAUAAAUCUUAAAACAAAUAAAUUAAAAUCCUACAUUGAUGUGAUAUUAGAAUUUCUUAAAAAAAACGUUAAUCCUGACACAUUAGUGGUUCGAAGAUAUAAAAGUGAUGAUAAAUCAGUACCUCAGUCUACUACGUGUGUUCCAUCAUUGUUGAAUGACAAUGUGUAUGAACCUAGUUCAACAGAUAUUUGUAAGUUUCUAGAUGAGUUGUUAGAAUUUAUACCUAAAAUUGAAUCUGAAGAGACUGAUGUAACAAAAAGAUGUUUAUAUUAUGGCGUGAAAUCAAAGAAGAAAGACAUUAAUUUUGGUAGUUCAAAAAGGGUACCAAAGAAUAUAGAAAAUAAAAAGAAUCAAAAAAGGAAGAAACGAGUACAAGAUUUUGAAUUAAAAAAUGUAAUUCCUCGUAAAGUUGAAUCAUUGUCAACAAGCAAAAUAUCUGUUGAUUCAAAAUCAUUAAAAAGUUCAAUAAUACCAAUUAAUGUUUCAUUAGGUCUUAAGUCAUUACCGACAAAAAGUCUAAAUCCAGUUAAACCAUUAGUAACUGGAUCAAAAUCAAAUGCUUUACUCGAUAACAGAUCCUUUAAUAUAGUUUAUAAAGAAUUAGACUCAAAUUCAGCUAAAAAAAUAGUAUUAGUAUCGAGUCCCAUGACUACUUUACCAACAGUAUCAAGUCAUAUUACUGUAGUGUCAUUACAACAGAGUUUUACAGAUGCAGCACUACCGCCAGAAUCAAGCACUGCAACUAUAAAGUCAUUAGCACCUAGAUAUAAAACAAUAUUUUCAUCUGCUGCUUUAAAUACUGAUUAUCGGCUAGCAUCUAAAAAUUCAGAAAAAUUUGAAAACCCUAGUGUGAGCAAAUAUAUUAAAUCUAAACCAGUUAUUCUAUCAAAAGCAGAUUAUAAUAAAUGUUUGAGAAAAAAUUAUUUUUCUCUGGAAACAUCUUUUGGUAAGAUAAACAGUCAACCGCCCUUACGUAACUUUGUAAGAGGACUAAGAUCUUGUGAUGAUGAAAUGGAGAACAAUAUAAAAAUUGUAAAACACGUACAUCGUAAUGGAAUCUGUCUAAAAGGUCCAGAAUUCAUUAUUAACAAAGAGGGAUUGUCUGUAGCAUCCAAAAUAACAGAAGGAAGAUUAUCAAAUGAACGUAAUGCUACAUAUUCUCAGGAGACUAAACAACUCAAUGAUGAUUUAACUACAAAUAUAGAUAGUUUGUCUAAUUUACAGGUUACAUCACCUAAUCCUGUUAUUACAUUGGUUCCAUCAUCUUUAAACAAGUUCAAUAAUCAAGAUCAGAUGAAUGAUAUUUCAUUUCAAGAAAUUAAUUAUACUUCACCCUCAAGUACAGAAAAUAUAAAAUCUGUUAAGCGAAAACGAUCCUCAUAA